UCCUGGGUGUGUGCAGUCAGUUCAACCUAGAGACUGAGACAGAAAACACCAGGCAGGAACAUCUCAGCGUGAGUCCAGCGGUGCCUGUCACCUGUCACCUUGUUUGAAAACUUCUUCUCCACCCUGACGGACCGAGAAUGGGAAACUACCCGAGCUAGUUUCUGAAGAGGACACACAUUCAGGGGGGGGGAAACUGUGCUAAAAAUUGCCAGGUUGAGCCUUCGGACGCGCCAUUUACCUCCCAGAGCAGGAACAGGAGCCCGGCGGAGAUGCAGACCUUCCUGAAAGGCCGGAGAGUCGGCUACUGGCUCAGCGAGAAGAAGAUGAAGAAGCUGAAUUUCCAGGCCUUUGCUGAUUUGUGCAGGAAAAGAGGAAUAGAAGUUGUUCAGCUGGACCUCAGCCAGCCUCUGGAGGAGCAGGGUCCACUGGACGUGAUCAUCCACAAACUGACUGACCUCAUCCUGGAGGCUGACCAGAAUGAUUCACAGGCUGUGCUGCUGGUGCAAAGAGUACAGGACUACAUUGAUGCCCACCCUGAGACCAUCGUUCUGGACCCCCUUCCGGCCAUCCGAACUCUGCUGGACCGCUGCAAGUCCUACCAGCUCAUCCACAGGAUAGAGAGCUGUAUGCAAGAUGAGAGGAUUUGCUCUCCUCCAUUCAUGGUCCUGAACACAGACUGUAGUCCAGAUGUGCUGGAGCAGAUCAAGAGGCAAGGACUUACAUUCCCCUUCAUUUGCAAAACACGGGUGGCUCAUGGAACCAACUCCCACGAGAUGGCCAUUAUCUUCAGCGAAGAGGACCUGAAUGACGUGAAGCCUCCUUGUGUGAUCCAGAGCUUCAUCAACCACAACGCAGUGCUCUACAAGGUGUUUGUGGUGGGAGACUCCUACACUGUGGUGGAGAGACCUUCACUGAAGAACUUCCCUGCUGGACCGGCAGACAGGAAAGCAAUUUUCUUCAACAGCCACAAUGUUUCCAAACCAGAGUCUUCCUCAGAUUUGACCACGAGAGAGAACGUAGAGGGCGUGUCUCAGCCACCCAAUGACGAUGUCAUCAGAGAGUUGUCCAGGUCAUUGCGGGAGGCGCUGGGCGUGUCCCUGUUUGGCAUCGACGUCAUCAUCAACAACCAAACAGGCCAACAUGCUGUCAUUGACAUCAAUGCAUUCCCUGGUUAUGAAGGCGUCCCGGAGUUUUUCAAUGACCUCCUGAACCACAUCACCAGCGUGCUCCAGAGCCACAACCCAGACUUCGCCCCUGCCAGCGAGCAGCCCAAAGGCCUGCCAGUGAGCACCACGGUACCCAACGCCGCCCCACCGGCCCCCGGCUGCUGCAGCAUGCUGGGAAAAGAGGCCAGCGGCAGCCCCUGGAUCGUCGAGGGUGACGGAGGGCUGAAGGGCCCGCGUCAGAGACUGGGCUGCAACUCGGCCAUGUCGCCCAACUUCCAGCAGCACUGUGUCUCCACGAUAGCUACCAAGGCUUCCUCCCAGUGACUGAUCCCCUGCCCCCCACUCCGUUUGAUCCCUGAACAAAAAAACGGAUGACAAUGGUGACAAUAAUAAUGAAUAAUAAUCAUAAUAAUUAUGAUGUUAACGAUGAUAAUAUAUCUAAUCAAAAAACAACCCUUUUCCUAUAUAGUUAUUGAAAAUGAUGAUGAUUGGGUGUAAGCUUUUUUCUCUCUGCCUUUUUGUAUUUUUCGUUUUGUCUAAUGAGACUUAACAGUACUGUAAUGUGAACUUUUGGGAACUUUUGCCUAACAGCUGAUUUCAUUAUUUUCUUGUGUGAGUGCUCUGUAAUGAAAGGGUCCAGGUGAGGUAGCUAAUGGGAAUGGUUGAAUCAGGACUUGAGAAAGACGUGCCACUAGAUGUGCAAUGUAUGAUCUGUUGUAUCUCUCUCACACAGACAGAAAUAAACACAUACACACAUACACAGGUACGUCUACAUUGUGCCGGUGAUGUGUGUUUGUGAAAUUCUGGUCAGUACCACUGACUCCUCUGCACAAAGAGAGGGGUAGAAAAAGGUGGCUGGACAUUUGAACACUACUCCACAGAUCCCGGGGCUGCUAUGUGACUGUGGCCAACCGACUGGCUGAGGACAUAAUGAGUCCGCACAUGAAUGACAAAGUUUUUUGGGUUUCGUUGGCUUGAACAAAAACCGUAACCGAGUGCCAUCAAAUUUACUUCAAGAGUAGGAAGGACCCUGGCAGAGAAAAAAACCCUGUUAUCUUCAUAGGUUAAAAAGAAGAAAGUAGAUCUCCAUGAACAUGUGACCAAGUUUUUUUUUUUUUUUUUAAUGAUUGUUGUUGCACCAAUGUUUAUAGGUGUUUGAGUGGUUUAGUGUAUGUCAGAUGCCAGAUGUUAGGCUUUCAACAAGCAAACCGCGUCCUUGUUUGAGUCCCAGUUAAGAGUCGCUCCAGUGCAGGAAGACUAGGAUCACAUUCCUUUUUGUGUUUGUGGAUGUUUCCAGAGAAUUCCAUCAUUUCUUUUUCAGAAUUCCAGUGGGAUCGUUGUGAGAUUUGUCUCAUCACUUUGUGGGUUUUGCAGUCUCCUUAAACAGACUCUCCACGUGUCUUCAGUGCUUGUAUCUGUAACGUGAGCAAACUACUCUCCUGAGGCCAACUUGACCUAUCAACAGACUUGGGGCUACUAUGUAGCUUGUCACUUUUUAUUGAUUUUAUCAUCAGAAAAUCAAACUUUCCACUAAAAUUAAGGUUAAAAAAAGUGUUUAAAUACCCAAUUUGGGUAUUGAAUAUGUUGAUGCCAUUAAAUGACAACAGAUCUAGUUAAUUAAGGAACUUGUUUGACUUUAUUAGCUCUCAUUUAAUUUCACUCGUGGUUAAUGAAACCUUCAGUCCAGUCAAUUCAUGUGCUUCAAGCUUAAAUUCUCCGACCUGUCUUCUGUUCCAGCUGCUGUAUUUGUCACAUGUUAACAUCAUUUGGAGGGAAGUGGGGGAGAGAAGGUCGAGCUCUUGUUCCCAGUGUUCACUGUGAGAUUUUUUUACUCCAAUUUUGUUAAUAUCUUUGUCCUGAUAUCUACUAAGAGCUACUUUAUUUUAUUGAGAUUUUAUUGGGAAAAUGUUUUAUAUAAAUGAAAUGAAAGCACGAGAUGUUUUUGAACAACAGUGGAAACUUACUAGAGGUAUAGUAAAAAUGCUGGGUCCAGGUGGUGUCAAAGGGACAAAUGAGCUUGUGGUUCAUGCUGUUGUCUCCCUCUAGCAUCUAGUGGGAAGGAGUGCCAACCUGCAGCGCAUACAGAUUAUUGCGUUCCCCUGAGCCUGCUUCUUCCCUUGUCCCAGAGAGCUCCCUCUAGCUGUUUCAUUUCCUCCAUCAGUAUCCGAGGUAACUGUCCCCUCGCUCGCCCUGUGAUCGUAAAUAAUAGUGUCAGCGCAGCCAUCUCACCAGCAUCUCUCUGGGACAAAGGAAUACCAAUGAUAUUCUGAAAAGUGCUUUUCACCAGACACAUCCUGUUGUGAGAAUAUUUCUACAACUCAGUUAAUAUCUUGUUUUCAUUUCCUACAAUUUGAGUGUCAUGAAGCAGUAAAUUCAAAAUAUAAAGGUUUUGCAGCAGGUUCACGGGAACCUUUCACAUCCUUGUACCCCCCUUGAUUCCUCAUCUACAAAUAGGGGCAAAGUUAAGGGUGUGUCCGUUUUAGGUUGAUAUCUGUGUACACCACUAUAUUGUGUGUCCUAUGUUGUGUUCCUUAUCGUGCUUCUAAAUGGGAAAUAAAUGGUUAAUCCUACCCUUGGUCAUUUCUGCAACCCAGACAGCGUCAUCAUGCUCCUGGCUUCCACCUGAAUGUUUACGUCUUGGGUGUCUUGUACAGUACGUGUAUAUAUGCCUAGGCUUACAUGCGUACAGUAUGUUGUUUUGUAUCAGUUCUGUAAUUGAGAGGAAUCCACAAUUUUGUGAUCUUUUUUUAAUUAAAUGGCCAAAACAACAGGGCAAUAAACAUGUAAAA